AUGUCACUGUGUCUAUUGACGGAAACCUAUUGCCAAUUCUGUGGAUUUUGUUACCGCACACUGGAUGAUCUUAUCGCUCACAUAGAGUACAGUCAUAUUCCCUUCAUUACAAGUCUAGAGAUGUCCAAAGAUGAUGAUCCAGACUCUAGUGCUCAUGGGGCACCGAUCACACCACUGAGUACAGUGUGCAGGCUGUUCACCACUCCAUACGAUCCGUUGCCAUGUAAGCCAACGGAACCUAUGCGCUUGACAUUCAAUCAUUAUCGAAGGUCAAGAAAUGAAUAUCGUCGGACUGACAAUGUGAGGGAUGUGUCGCCUUGCCCCAUAGAAGGAUGCAAGAUGAGGCUGGGAAGUAAUGACGCAUGGAAAACUCACUUAUUUAUGGUUCAUGGUAUUUCUGAAAGAAUCUAUUCACAGGAUGACAUUCACGAAAUCCCAGGUCCGCACACUGCAUCAGCAAAUUCAUCCCAACGCAUCCAGAGAUGUGUUCAUUGUCGGAGAUAUUUCAAGACAACUAGCAGACUGGUUGAGCAUAUGGAGAAAUGCCGUAAAAAGCAAGGUCCAUCGAAACCAAACGAAGUUGUGGUGAAGAUAGAAAUAGACGAAGAUGUCUUCCAGGCUGUAUCUCCUGUUAUGAAAGAAGACCAUAUUGAUAAGAUUACUUAUGAAAGGAAUAAGGAUGAUACCAAGCAAAUAGAAGAGGCACAACCACCAGAAUCAGCAGCAAAGGAGGAACUUUCAUCUGAAUUGAUGUUUACUGAUAUUCCAACAAGUGGUCACCUUCUUCGUCGUCGUUUGAUGGAGCAUAGACGCACGCUCAUGGAAGAUGAAAAGAACGACGUCAAAAACUACUGA